AUGGGCAAAACUCUGGCCGAGUAUAAAGGCUCGGGACCACCGAAGGAUACGGGACUUUAUCGAUAUAUUUUCCUGGUUUACAAUGAGCCGGGUUUUGUCAAUACAACUGAAGAGACAGUGGCCAGCGAUUCACUGACCGGUCGUCCAUUCUUUAAAGUGCGGGAUUACGCAAAGACCAAUCGGUUGGGCCAACCCGUGGCCAUCAACUACUUUCAGGCACAGUUUGAUGGAUCUCUUGGAUAA